UGCCAAGGAAGAGUUGCAUGUGCAGUUCAGUAGUGGUGUUGAGGUGGCUGAAGGAAGACAUCUAUAGCUCUCCUGUGCGUGCGUGCGUGUGCGUGCGUGUGCGUGUCUUGCAGUGUGUGCACCACUCCUGUGCGUCUAUUGUGUAUCCUACACACGUAGUGUCUAGACUAGCUGUACCUGGUAGAGUAGUGACCACCACCAGCAAGUGUCUGCCUCGCUAGUGACCACCAGCAGUGUCUGCCACAGCAGCAAGGAUGGUUGUAGUGAAGGCUGGUGUUAUGUACAUCCUGCUCUUGACGCUCCUGAUGCUGCUUCUCUGCACAUCUCCCAUCACCGUGGAGAGCAAGAGGCACAAAGGAAGAUUAACAGGGGAGGUCUACAAGAUCGCUGGUGGACAAAAUGCGGCCGCUCCUGGCGUGGGAGCGCUCUCCAGUUUCUCACCCUUCGCUGACGACAGAAAUAAUCCAGGUCCGUCCAUCGUAUUUGGUAACUUCAGGCGACAACAACCAUACCGUCGAUGGCAGAACUAUCAACCAUACAACUACGACUACUACUUUUAAUGGAUAAUUUGAGGCUGCAACUGAACUAUUUACCAAUAAAGAUUUUUAUUUA